GGAUGUUUUGGGAUUAUCCCAAAUUUUUCUGAUUGAGAAAUGCUGCAAUAUCUUCUGCUACUCUUGACCCUGGUCACGUACCUCUCAAAUACCUUAGCGUGUAUACCCUUGGAGUAUUCUUAUGUAAAACACAACAGCUCUCCUUUGCUCAUGAAAAAUAUUUCUACAUUUUCGACAAGCAUUUCUAGAGACUCCGAGAUUACUGUUUCAGUGACUUAUUUUCCUCUCUCGAAUACUUGUAGUGGACAGAAUUAUGCUUCUAACAUGUAUACUACAGACAGUUCAAAUCUUCAUGAAACAUUUACUCUUUAUAAUUACUUUAAUGAAUAUUUAGACGAAACUUUACCAUCGAUCACACAAGAUAUUACUGUGCAGAUUGUCGGUUGUGGUAAUGAAAUGCAACUUCAGGUGUGUUAUCAAGGCACAUGUGAACAAGCUCCAGUAAAUGAAUGUAUAUCUAUGGAUCCUUUGAUGCAGAGUCUUACAGGGAAUGUGGAAAACUUAGGCAGUGUUUACAUUCAAAUCUCAGCACCUUGUUCUAGUGGUUCAGAUAAUUCCCAAGUUUCUUCAUCUUCAGGAGGAGUUAGUUGCCUCUCUGGUGAUUCAAAGGUUUAUUUGGAUACAUCUCAGCAAGUUUUUCUACGCUCCUUAGAGGUCGGUGAUAGUAUACUGACUUAUGAUACAGAAAGGAAGAUGACAAGACCAACAACUAUCAUUGGAUGGCUUGAUAAAAAGGUUAAUACGCAAGUCAGCUUUUUGCGAGUUAUUCAUCAGAUGGGACACUUGAAAAUAUCUCCGUAUCACUUGAUAAUACGUUUAGAGCCAGACAAUCAAAUCAGUGUUGUGUUUGCCAAGGAGAUUUCAGUGAACGAUAAAGUGUUCUUCAACAAUGAUUCCCUGACAUUUCCUAGUCAAGUAAUGAAAAUAGAACAAAUUCAUCAGACGGAUGCCUUUGCUCCUUUAACUACGACUGGGACUUUUCUGGCUGAUGGUGUAUUGGUUUCCUGUUAUGCACAUUUUCGUUCUCAUCCUAUUGCUCAUCUUGCAUUCGCUCCUUAUCGUUGGUAUUAUGCAUUAUUUGGUAAUCUACAACCUCAGCCAAGACUAUAUAUUGAAUUUCUCAAAAUAAUAUCCAAGUAUGCCAUUCCAAACAGCCUUUACGGUGGAAUGGGAUUCUCGAAAUAAAUAAGAACUGGUGAGACCGAUGGUUCCUUGGGAGAACUACCUUUGAUGGUUCUCAAAGUUGAGUAGUUAAAAGAUCUGAUUUAAUAAACUUGUUUGCAAAAAU